UUCCUUCACAUCACAAGCUCAACAUAUUUACUACAUUUUGAUCUCAACACGUUCUGAUCAGCGAGCAAAAAAUGGCCUUGAGACCCAAUUGGAUUCUUUUUUUAGCUGCAUUGGUUGUCUUGGAAAUAUGGGGUUCUCAGGCCACAGCCCGCACACUGCCUGAUGCAUCAAUGGUUGAGAAGCAUGAGCAAUGGAUAGCACAAUUUGGACGUGUCUACAAAGACGAUGCAGAGAAGGCCAAGCGGUUCAAUAUAUUCAAGGAAAAUGUGGAGUAUAUCCAGUCCUUUAAUGAAGCAGGGGCUCGGCCUUACAAGCUUGCCAUAAACAAGUUUGCUGAUUUGACAAAUGAGGAAUUUCAGGCGUCACGCAAUGGGUAUAAAAUGGGAUCUUACGGGAAGUCAUCCAAGGUUUCAUCAUUUAGAUAUGCAAAUGUUACUGCAGUUCCAGCCAGCAUGGACUGGAGAAAGAAAGGAGCUGUUACUGGUGUUAAGGAUCAGGGCCAAUGUGGAUGCUGCUGGGCAUUUUCCGCUGUUGCAGCCACGGAAGGAAUCAACCAGCUCACAACUGGGAAUCUGAUUUCAUUAUCUGAACAAGAACUUGUGGAUUGCGACACAAGUGAAGAUGAGGGGUGCAACGGUGGUCUCAUGGACAAUGCCUUUGAGUUCAUUAUCAGUAAUGGUGGCAUCACAACUGAAUCCAAUUACCCGUACGAGGGAGUUGACGGCACCUGCAACUCUAAGAAGGAGUCAUCGCAUGUUGCCAAGAUUACAGGAUACGAGGAUGUUCCAGCCAACAGUGAGUCUGCGUUGCUGAAAGCUGUGGCUAACCAACCAGUAUCUGUGGCCAUUGAUGCUAGUGGAUCCGAUUUCCAGUUCUACACGAGUGGAGUUUUCACCGGACAGUGUGGAACCGAGUUGGACCAUGGCGUUACUGCAGUUGGAUAUGGGAAAACUAGUGAUGGAACCAAGUAUUGGCUCGUCAAGAAUUCAUGGGGAACUAGCUGGGGUGAGAAUGGAUAUAUUAGAAUGCAAAGGGAUAUCGAUGCUGCAGAAGGUCUCUGUGGCAUUGCCAUGCAAGCUUCCUAUCCAACUGCUUAAGUGAAGUUGUACAAGCUCCCCAAAUAGAAAAAGAAUUUCCCUGUUUAUACGUAUACUACUCGUAUUGUUUCUGAAAUCUGUUGUAACCUUGUCCUUAUGUAUAUGGAAAUUUAUGUACAUCAUGUAUGAAAAGGCCCCAUUUGAAGAAUUUUCAUUUUA